AUGGAUCCUAAAACUCGAGGAAUCAGUACUCACCAAGCAUCUAUCGCUGGACCACAAUGCGUCGAAACAUUGCAGCAGAUGAAAAGCAACAAGGAACUUCUUAAACAGGCCUUUCAUGUAGUAAAAGAAAGCUGUGACCGCUUACUUCCUGCUGACAUUUCUGACCUUGUCCCCUAUGUGGAUACCCCGAUAACGAACAGAGAACCAAGUCCUGAAUUAAAGCAACUAAUAAUAGCUCGUGAAAAAGUAGUCAAAAGGUUGCUAACAGUAACAGAAGAGCUCGAAAAACUACGCCGCAUUUUGACAAAGACAGUGUGGGAACUCAACGACCUUACCGACUUAAAUGUCCAGAAAUUCUGA